AUGGAAGUAAAGCUAUCUAUAGGAGGGUAUGCGAAGAACUCGAUCGAGGAGUUCGAGUGGGGUGAAGGAGAAGCUUCCGUUGAAAUGUCGGAGGAUGAAAGGGAUUCUCUGAAGGAAAAACGAAUCCGGAGGUUUCGACGGGAGAGAAUUGAUAAUGCCUUGGCGGUUACGCGAAUGAAUAAUGCCUUGGCGGCUACGCGAACCGCAGAGGGACAAGAUCCAACGGAAACGUAUGCAGCUGCUCAAACACUGGCUGAUGUCAUCGAAGGCAACGAAGUCGAAGGUUUCAUUUACGCAAUCGAGUGGCUUGCCGAUCAAACCGAUCUGUUUGCCAUUUUCAAUUUCCUGGAGCUACAGGGGGGUUCAUUGCUCCACGUUGCAGCAGCCGCCGGCAAGAACGACAUCCUAAGGCUCCUGCUUGAUCUUGUCAGUGACCACCGCCACAUAGCCGCCCAAAAUGACUCGGGCUAUACCCCCCUCCACAUCGCAGCUAAGACAGGGAAUUCAGGAGCAGUCAAGACGUUGAUUCACCGGGCGAGAAACCUCUCCAACGUCGAGGGCAAGAACUGGAUCAUGAGGAUGCAGAACGAACAUGGAAACACUCCUUUGCACGAGGCCGUGCUCGGUUGUCACUUCAACGUGGUGCAGCUUUUGUUGGAGGAAGAUUUGGAGUCUGUGUACUUGAAGAACAAGGCUGAGAAAUCUCCCCUAUACCUGGCCCUCUAUGCCCGCGAACCCAAGAUAACUGACCUUUUAUUUUCGCGUUCACUCGAUCCAUCGAAGAUAGAAGGCUUUCCACCCGUUCAUGGUGCCAUCGGGUGUCCUAAUGAUGGUACGUACCUAAAUCUGCUUGUGGAAAAUAUCUAUUACUUGGAGCUCCUGAUCCCAGGAAUACUUAAGCAGAUACUCACGACGAACAUGAAGCUAUUUGCAAUGACCGACUCCAGCGAGGGUAACGUGUUCCAUUUUGCAGCUUACACGGGCCAGGGCCGUGUGUUCGACGAACUGUUAGGCCCAAAAACCAAAUAUUUGGCCAACAAGCAGGAUAAGAAUGGGGAUCUUCCCAUUCAUAUCGCAAGCAAGAAGGGUUAUGUCGACAUAGUCCAGAAGCUACAUUCGCUAUCAAAGUUGCUAAACAGGAAAGGGCAAACCAUUCUUCAUGUCGCAGCAAAAUAUGGGCAAAAUUCAGUAGUGAGAUAUAUACUCGGACAUCCAGAACUGGGGAAGUUAAUAAAUGAAAUAGAUCACACUGGAAAUACACCUCUGCACUUGGCCACGAAGCAUUCUCAACCUGCUGCUUUGGUACCUCUUGUGCUGGAUAAAAACGUUGAGCCCUCAAUUCGCAACCACGAGAGCUUGACUGCUCGGAACAUUGCUGUAGAUCAAUUCAGAAGGGUUUAUGCGUCACGGGAGGCAUUGGCACUCCUGGUGUUGCAGCCCAUAUCAGAUUCAACCACAGAAUUACUCAUACGUAGGCCAGAAAAUCGAGAUAAAGUGUCUUGCCUAGUCUACUCGCCCAAGGAUAUCCCAAAAUUUGACCUAUUCAAGGAUAAGAUCGAUUCCCUUCUUGUGGUGGCGACACUUGUGGCAACUGUGACUUUUGCAGCUGGUUUCGCAGUUCCUGGAGGAUUUAACAGCUCGGACAAAUAUGACCGGGGCAUGGCUACGAUGCUGGACAAGAGAUUGUUCCAGGCUUUCAUGAUUUGCAACACUAUUGCAAUGUUCUCCUCGAUGAUCACGGUCAUCAACCUCCUGUAUGCGCAGGAAAGAGACUUCCACAUGGCGGCAGCUGCAUUAAAUUUCACCAUUUUCUCACUAAAUAUUGCACUAUCGGCAAUGUCCGCUGCUUUCUUGACUGGUGUCUCCUUGAUAGUUGGCAAACUCCCUUGGCUUGCUAACAUCAUAUUUUAUUUGGGACUCGUUUUCCUCCUCAUUAUCUCAAGUGCUACAUGGUGGGAGUGCCUUCUCUUUAUUCGGAGCUACGGUCGACGUCGUCCUAUCCAUCGUCUGAAAUGCUGGCUUAUUCUCGGUUUCAUUUAUUUGUUGAGAGCUCCGACCUACAUUUUGGAUGACGAGGAAGAGGACGGAAAGGCUAGCAGGACCUCUGCUAGUCAACCUCCAGAUGGUGCUGGUGAAACGAAACGGUAA